UCCCCCGGCGCCGGCACCAGAGCUCCUCCCCUCGCCGAGCCGCCCCCUCCGCGGCUGCAGGGAGAGCUCGCCCAGCUCUGCGGACGCCGCCACCUUCGUAGCCUCUUCCUCCUUCUUCGGCGUGCGGGGGCCGUCCGGCGGCCGUCCGGCGACUGCGCUGCCCUGGGUGGGCGACGGGGCCCGCGCGGCCGCUGAGCACUCGGCGCGGCGCAGCCAGGUCCCCAGCCUGCGCGGCGCCGUGACAGGUGCAGAGUCCCGGCUGAGGCUCCACCUGCGGCGGUCGCCGCGAUGCCCACCAUGCGGAGGACAGUGUCGGAAAUCCGCUCCCGCGCGGAGGGUUAUGAGAAGACCGAUGAUGUCUCAGAGAAGACUUCACUGGCUGACCAGGAGGAAGUACGGACUAUAUUCAUCAACCAGCCCCAGCUGACAAAAUUCUGCAAUAAUCAUGUCAGCACUGCUAAAUACAACAUAAUCACAUUCCUUCCAAGAUUUCUCUACUCUCAGUUCAGAAGAGCUGCUAACUCAUUUUUUCUCUUUAUUGCACUGCUUCAGCAAAUACCUGAUGUAUCACCAACAGGUCGCUACACCACACUGGUUCCUCUCUUAUUUAUUUUAGCUGUGGCAGCUGUCAAAGAGAUCAUAGAAGAUAUUAAACGACAUAAAGCUGAUAAUGCAGUGAACAAGAAACAGACACAAGUUUUGAGAAAUGGUGCUUGGGAAAUUGUGCACUGGGAAAAGGUGGCAGUAGGGGAAAUAGUGAAAGUGACCAAUGGGGAACAUCUCCCAGCAGAUCUCAUCAGCCUGUCCUCAAGUGAGCCCCAGGCCAUGUGCUAUAUUGAGACGUCCAACUUAGAUGGUGAAACAAACCUGAAAAUUAGGCAGGGCUUACCAGCAACAUCAGAUAUAAAAGACAUUGACAGUUUGAUGAGAAUUUCUGGCAGAAUCGAGUGUGAAAGUCCAAACAGACAUCUGUAUGAUUUUGUUGGAAACAUAAGGCUUGAUGGACAUAGCACUGUCCCCCUGGGAGCAGAUCAGAUUCUCCUUCGAGGCGCCCAGUUGAGAAAUACACAAUGGGUUCAUGGAAUAGUUGUCUACACUGGACAUGACACCAAGCUGAUGCAGAAUUCAACAAGUCCACCACUUAAACUCUCAAAUGUGGAACGGAUUACAAAUGUACAAAUUUUGAUUUUAUUUUGUAUCUUAAUUGCCAUGUCUCUUAUCUGUUCUGUGGGCUCGGCCAUUUGGAAUCGGAGGCAUUCUGGAAAGGACUGGUAUCUCAACCUAAACUAUGGUGGUGCUAAUAAUUUUGGACUGAAUUUCUUGACCUUCAUCAUCCUUUUCAACAAUCUCAUUCCUAUCAGCUUGUUGGUGACAUUAGAAGUGGUGAAAUUUACCCAGGCAUACUUCAUAAAUUGGGAUCUCGACAUGCACUACGAACCCACAGACACUGCUGCUAUGGCUCGAACAUCUAAUCUGAAUGAAGAACUUGGCCAGGUAAAAUACAUAUUUUCUGACAAAACUGGUACUCUGACCUGCAAUGUAAUGCAGUUUAAGAAGUGCACCAUAGCUGGAGUUGCUUAUGGCCAUGUCCCUGAACCUGAGGAUUAUGGCUGCUCUCCUGAUGAAUGGCAGAGCUCACAGUUUGGAGACGAAAAAACAUUUAGUGAUUCGUCAUUGCUGGAAAACCUCCAAAAUAAUCAUCCAACUGCACCUAUAAUAUGUGAGUUUCUUACAAUGAUGGCAGUUUGUCACACAGCAGUACCAGAGCGAGAAGGCGAUAAGAUCAUUUAUCAAGCAGCAUCUCCAGAUGAGGGAGCAUUGGUCAGAGCAGCCAAGCAACUGAAUUUUGUUUUUACUGGAAGAACACCGGACUCAGUGAUUAUAGAUUCACUGGGACAAGAAGAAAGAUACGAAUUACUCAAUGUUCUGGAAUUCACCAGCGCGAGAAAAAGAAUGUCAGUGAUUGUUCGCACUCCGUCCGGGAAGUUACGACUUUACUGCAAAGGAGCUGACACUGUAAUAUAUGACAGACUGGCAGAGACUUCAAGAUACAAAGAAAUUACCCUAAAACAUUUAGAACAAUUUGCUACAGAAGGGUUAAGAACUUUAUGUUUUGCCGUGGCUGAGAUUUCGGAGAGCGACUUUGAGGAGUGGCGCACGGUCUAUCAGCGCGCGUCCACAUCUGUGCAGAACCGGCUGCUGAAGCUCGAAGAGAGUUAUGAGUUGAUUGAAAAGAAUCUUCAGCUACUUGGAGCUACUGCCAUUGAGGAUAAAUUACAAGAUCAAGUGCCUGAAACUAUAGAAACUCUUAUGAAAGCAGACAUCAAAAUCUGGAUCCUUACAGGGGACAAGCAAGAAACCGCCAUUAACAUUGGACACUCCUGCAAACUUUUGAGGAAGAACAUGGGAAUGAUCGUUAUAAAUGAAGGCUCUCUUGAUGCAACGAGGGAAACUCUCAGUCGCCACUGCACUACGCUUGGUGAUGCUCUUCGAAAAGAGAAUGAUUUUGCUCUUAUAAUUGAUGGGAAAACCCUCAAGUACGCCUUAACUUUUGGAGUAAGACAGUAUUUCCUGGACUUAGCUUUGUCGUGCAAAGCUGUUAUUUGCUGCCGGGUUUCUCCUCUUCAAAAAUCUGAAGUUGUUGAGAUGGUUAAGAAACAAGUCAAAGUCAUAACACUUGCAAUUGGCGAUGGAGCCAACGACGUCAGCAUGAUACAGACGGCGCACGUCGGCGUCGGUAUAAGUGGCAAUGAAGGUCUUCAGGCUGCUAAUUCUUCUGAUUACUCCAUAGCUCAGUUCAAGUACUUGAAGAAUUUAUUGAUGGUGCAUGGCGCCUGGAACUAUAACAGAGUCUCCAAGUGCAUUUUGUACUGCUUCUACAAGAAUAUAGUCCUCUAUAUCAUUGAGAUCUGGUUUGCCUUUGUUAAUGGCUUUUCUGGACAGAUCCUCUUUGAGAGAUGGUGUAUAGGUCUUUAUAAUGUGAUGUUUACAGCAAUGCCUCCCUUAACUCUCGGAAUAUUUGAGAGAUCAUGCAGAAAAGAGAAUAUGUUGAAGUAUCCUGAAUUAUACAAAACGUCUCAGAAUGCCCUGGACUUCAACACCAAGGUUUUCUGGGUUCAUUGUUUAAAUGGCCUCUUCCACUCAGUUAUUCUGUUUUGGUUUCCACUAAAAGCCCUUCAGUAUGGUAAUGUAUUUGGAAAUGGGAAAACCUCCGAUUAUCUGCUGUUGGGAAACUUUGUUUACACGUUUGUGGUGAUAACCGUGUGUUUGAAAGCUGGAUUGGAGACAUCGUAUUGGACAUGGUUCAGCCACAUCGCAAUCUGGGGCAGCAUCGCGCUCUGGGUGGUGUUUUUUGGCAUCUACUCAUCUCUGUGGCCCGCCAUUCCGAUGGCCCCCGAUAUGUCAGGAGAGGCUGCCAUGUUGUUCAGCUCAGGCGUCUUCUGGAUGGGCCUAUUAUUUAUUCCUGUGGCGUCCUUGCUUCUCGAUGUGGUGUACAAGGUUAUCAAGAGGACUGCUUUUAAAACAUUAGUAGAUGAAGUUCAGGAGCUGGAGGCAAAAUCUCAAGACCCAGGUGCAGUUGUGCUUGGAAAAAGCCUCACGGAGAGGGCGCAACUGCUCAAGAACGUCUUUAAGAAGAAUCACGUGAACUUGUACCGGUCUGAAUCCUUGCAACAAAACCUGCUCCACGGGUAUGCUUUCUCACAAGAUGAGAAUGGAAUCGUGUCACAGUCUGAGGUGAUUCGAGCAUACGAUACCACAAAGCAGAGACCCGACGAGUGGUGAUGGGAUGGGGGCUGCGAGGCAGGGGCUGCUAGGGCUCUGUGGAGAGCUCCCAGGUCUUACCGGAUCUGCUGACCAAUUCCAGUCUGGUCCCAGGAGGGGAAAGUGGAUCUGAGCUCAUCUCCUUGAUUGACCGUCAGAUUCGUGUGUAUUACAGACAUAAGCACUGUGCAACUCUACUGUAACACCAUCUCUUUCAGAUUUUUUAAAGUAUUUGCUAAGUCUUUGUAAGCAGAAAUUGAAAAUGAGCUUGUAUCUUGCCAGAAUGCUUUCUUAAACUGAGAAUAGGUCAGUAGUCUUAUGCCGUUACUCCGGGGCUGUAACUGACUAUCAAUUUACUGGAUAUACCACAAGGCGACCAACCAUGAAAAAAUUCUGAAGUGGUAAUAAUUUAUAGGGACUCUUGAUAUCCAGACUUAGAUUUCAGAAUAUGCUGAAAAAAACCAGCACUCUUCUCUAAGGAACUGACUCACCUUCUUGAGCAAAAUUUCUAAACAAGACAUUAACAAGUGUUUGUGUCAAAAUUGUCUUGAUAAAUGUUUGCCAAAGACGUUCAUUAAGUGUAUUUCUCAUUCAGUAGUCAUUUGCCCAGAAAUUUAAGAGAAAGUUUACCUCCAGUUCUGCUGUAAGAUCUGCAUGCUUGACUUUUCAAAUGUAAGAAUGGUUUGCAAAAAUGAGUAUUUCAAGGCAUUUGCUACUAAAAUCCGUGGUGUUGCACCUUUGGCCUUACAAAUGCUUCUUUCUUGUUUGUCUUGUUUACUUGUUAACGUUGGAGGGCCCACAUGGCAAUGUGACUGUCAUUAUGAUACUGAUUUUUAAACUGUACGUCUCCGUCAUUUCUGAUGAGGGGUCCUCAUCCUUUAGAUUUUUCUAAAAAUCUGGCUUCUGCUGAAGAUUGAGUGCUGUCAUUUUAUCUUAACGUUUUCUUAGAUAUUUACGUGAGCUCCCCACUGCUUCCGUGGAGAUGUUUGGAUGUUUUGUCGGAUAAAUGCAUGGGCUUUUGUAAUGUACAUAGGCUCGGCUUUUGUCCUGUGUUUGGGUUCUUUCCACCAGUUCCUGCUAGAGAUGCCUGCUGCCGAACAUAGCCCACCCCGUGUUCUGGUGACUGUCCCUGUACUGAACCCUGAGAAAUCACAGUUUGCUUGUCAAGCAGCUCCCCCAAAUUAGUCACACGCUGCUAAUUGGGACAAAUAAGUAGUACAUAUUCCCCAUUUUAAAAACACCUAUUUUACUCAAGCCUAUAACUUUACAGUCAGAGACACUCUUCAUCACAAGUAAAUUUUGUUACUAUGUUUUUAAAUGUAUGUUCAGUUUAAGUUUUUUCAGCAUUUCCAAGCCAUCUCCUGAAAAAUGCCUAUUUUGCUACCAACAAUAAAUGGUGAAGGGGCUGUUUAAAAACCACAACCGGUUUUCUAUACUCUUUUUAAAAUAAUGCUUUCAUUUAAAAAAAAAUAAAAAGGAAUUCUAGUUUUCAGAUACACUUCAGAGAUCAAAGCAAACUUUUUGCCUUUUAUUCAGAAGCCUGUUUGCCUUUAAGUGGAUUUACCAGCAAAAUAGGUAGAACUCCCUCUUUAAAAAAAACAAAAACAAAAACAAAAGUCAACUAGAAUUGCGAGGAGAGGUGAUUUUCCAAGUCACUCCUUGAGUUGAAUAAUGUCACAAUCUUUUUACCCUUUUUCUUCAAGAUCUAGAUUUAAAAUUCAGUGAUAUGUCAUUUCCUUCUCUGUAUUUUUAGUUAUUUAGUUACAAGUAUGCCUCCCCCGUUUUCUAGAAAUGAGAGGGGUUAUAACUAACACAUACAUAAUUCUAAAGGGGGCAAGGAGUUGACGCAGUUCACUUCCUAGACUGUUCCCAUUUGGGGAUUAAGAUUAUUGCAAAUCGAAACUCCUAGAAAGACCGCAGGUGUAAGAGUCAAAGACCGUCUUCAAAACUCUGAAGUCACAGAUUUUGUCUACGGAAGGGAUAUUCAGAGCGGCUUUCCUGGGCCUCCCCUGGGCGAUAGUCAAGGUCAAACCACACAAAUCAAAAUGCAAGAACGAGGUACAUCCCUGCAGAGAAACACUUCAUCGCUGUUAGAGGCAGGAGCUGCUUCCCUUCGCCUCCACCCCAGCAGUGGCACCCUUCUCCCAGAUUUUCAUAUCAAAAUAUGAUGGAUGUAAUAGAACUGAAUCUUCUAGCCUAAAAAAAAAAAACAAACAAAAGUUUUAUUUUUAUCUUAAAACAUGGAUUAUUUCUAUGGAGCUCUUCGACAUGAGUAGAAUACUCAUGUUAAUUAAUGUAUGAGACUGUGGUCUGAAAUAUGGCUAAUUUAGGCCUUUUUUGUCCCAUAGUCCUAUUUUUGAAUUAUUAAGUCAAUUCCUUUGCUUCUUGGGUGAGGGAGGGGGUUGGACAGCAGGGAGUGACCUCCUUGGUAAAACUUAACAGCCUUGCAGUCGCAGUGACUUUAUAGUGUUAGACAAAACCCUCUGCAUUUUUAACCUUCCAAAGAGGGAGGAAAGUGAGAGUUUUACCAGGAUUAAAACAGCUGAAGUGACUUUUUAACUUGUAUUUUCUGAAAUAAAGGACACAUACUCUUCAAUUAAAAAGUCCCUUGUAGGGACUUUGGCAAAUGCUAACACCAUCUUCCUGUACAAUGUUUACAAUUCAGAAAAUACUACUUACAGCAGAAAAUCCUCAUUCAUUUAACAUUGAAAAGCUGGGAGUUGCUUCUCUAAUAUUGACUAGUACACAGUGAUAUUGAGCAUGAACUUUCUACAUGUUUUAUAUACACAUAUAAAAAUAUAUUGGUAGCUCACACCCAGAAAGAUGCUAUUUGGCAGAAACUGUUAGCAGAAGGGUGUUUCUCAGGAAUGUAGCAAAUUUAAAAUGAUCUGUGUGUUGCCUGCCCUCCCACACCCCGAUCGGUGUCUGAUGUGAGCCUGAUUAAGCAGUGUUGCAGUUAGUGGAAAACCUUUUUCUAAUCAAGUCAGGUGAACAUGUAUUCUUAUUCAAUAAUAUUGUUCAUUUACAUGAAUUAUAUAGUCAUUGAGGGGAGUCAGUAAUUCCUCUUACUUUUCAGGGGGAAAAGUGAAUUCCAGAAAUCAACAUUUAUUCUGAUUAUUAAGUUUUGUGUUUUAAUUUUACAAUUUAGCAUUCUAAAUAACAAACAUGAACCUCACAUGAUAACUUGUUCUGCAUUCUGUGGACUGUACAUCACUGAUAACUUGUCAUUUAAAACGUUCUUUCCGGAAAUGAAUGCUAGUCUGAAAGUAAUAGAUUGUAUAUUUGUAGUUUUUAAAUUAUUUGUAACAAUGUCCUAAUUAUUACCAUGCUAAAUGAUCAUCAGUGUAUAUUUUUGUGCAGUUGGCCUAUGACAGUUCUUGGUUCUAAAACUUAUUUUAUCAAAUAAGCCUAUAUAUAAUCUUAUAAAUAACCAUUUAUAAAAUUUAUCGUGAAAAUGCCCACCCCACUCACGUGGUGUAGACCAGACCUGUGGAAUUCUUUUUGUAAAUUCAUGUAAUACCAUGCAGUUCGGUGCCUAAUAAAUGCUUUUUAAUGACGAACAUUUCUAUAAUGCUUCUUUAAGAGAUCAUAAUCUGAUUUUUCUCACAUUAAAAUAACUGAAAUCACUUGUGAGACUUAGUUAUACUUUGCUGCAUUUUAAUUAACCUUCGGUGGCUAUUAAAAUGGAAUGUAAGUUAAACUUUGAAGGAAAGGAAAUAAAUGUUUUCCAUUUUUCGUCUUGAUUUAUUUUCUGUAUGAAAGCAGCUGUGUUUUUGAUAGGUUUAUGGUUUGCAUGAAUUAAUAUUUAAAGUGGCCUAGGCCAAUGCAUGGCUAUUGCUGUAAAUCUUGAUGUUUAUUUCUGCCUUAUAAAAUUCUAUCAUGGCCUACCUGGAAUUUAAUAUUCGGUGGACAAAUUAAUUGGUUCUCUGCACCACUUUUUUUUAAAUAAGUAAAUCAUUUUACAAACAAAUUUGAACAAAUUUAAUUGCAACCUUUGUUUAGCUUGCUUCUAAGAACUUUUCUUCAUAAAGCUCACAAAACUUCUCAGCAAAUAAAUCUCCCGUAAGUAGGAAAAAAGCUAGAUUUCAUACAUGCUUACUCUGAAUUAACAGCAACUUCCCAUAGGUCAGUCUGCUCUUGCAAAAAUGUGAGCAGAAUAUUAAAAAAUAAUAAAUAUUUCUGUGUUUCAUGGUUCUAGAAUAGAAGCCAUAAAUGCAGUAAAUACUGUUUGCUGUUUAGCUACUUCAAGCUUCAUUUUUCACAUUUUCAAGUUUAUUAAGUUUAAAAAAAAAAGGCAGCCUUGGAAGGUAGCUACUAUGUAAAAUUGAAGUUUGCAUUAAAGAUAAAAUAGUAUUCUCAGCUCCAUGAAAAUCCAUUCCUGCCGACACUGCUGUCGAAACCGUGAAGCUGCAUGAGGGGAGAGUACUGAGUCUGUGAUUAUAGUUUUCUCAGGUUUGUUUCUCUCGACGUUCAAUGCACUGUGUUUUAUAAAUAGUUAUUAAAUUUCAGUAAUAUUCAGUUCUCUGCAGUGUUAUGUGUCAUUGGCCUUUUGUGAAUGUGCAUGUUUUAAACUGCAAAUUUUAAACGUUUUGUCCUCUCAUUGUUAUUAAAAAUGAAAUAAACUGUACCAUUACAUAAA